UACUACGCAGGUGUGGGAGUCAAUGCUUACGUCUCCGUGCACCUCUCCUUCCUACCCGAGGCAGAGAGACGCAGCACGCGAGCCGUGGCUCGUUCUUUCUGCCCGGAGUUCGAGCAUCACGUAGAGUUUCCUUGUAACCUCAUCGUUCAGAAAAGUAGCGGAGAGGCCUCUUGUCUGGGGGAGCUCUUGCAAUCUGGCAAAAUCACCUUCUCUCUUUACCAUCAGAGCAACAAGUCGGGCACUGAGACAUUGGCAGCUCGUUCAGCACGAGAUUAUCUUCUUGGGACAGUCGCAAUUCCAACCAGAGACCUGCUGAGAAGAAGAUCAGGUAUUACAGGCUGGUACCCGGUUACCCUGUCAGAAGAUUUAAUGCCUUCGCACUGCACAAAUGUCCUGCAGGCCGUUGUGGGAGGACUGGAACUUUCUGUGAGCUUUGCUCAUCAGGAUGACAGAGAGCGGGUUCUGGAGGCCGCUAAGCUCUUAGGAUGGAGCAGCGAGGAAAGCCAGGAAGACAGCACGGAUGAGAGCGAGGAAUGGGAGCAGCAUGCCAGUCCAGUGACUGUGACCAUCUCGACUCCAAGAGUAUGGCUCCCAGUCCACUCUGUGCUGCUUGGCGGCCAGAUGCACCUAGAUAAAAGCACUUAUUGCUACCUCAGGUAUAAACUGUAUGAUCAGGAAGCCACGUGGACUUUGCUUCAGAGGCCAAAAUUGAGUGAUGACGCCAAGAAUGUUACGGUGAACUUUAAGAAGCCAAACAAGGUGACUCUCAGAAGGGGCCAAGGGCUGCUUUGGUUCUUCAGAGAGGAGAAAUUAGAAAUCCAGGUGUGGUGGGCAUAUGGUAAAGAGAAUGGCGUGGAAAGACCACUUGAUAGGGAUCGUCUUAUUGGAUCUGCCUAUGUCAACCUGGCAGCGUUAGCAGAGAGGUCAAAGACAACGCUGAGUGUUAGUGGGGUUUAUCCGUUGUUCCGAUGCAACGCUGCAAACCUAGCAGGAGCUGCUGUACGCGUUCACGUUGUCCUUUCUUCCACUUCCGCUGCUCUGCCCAGCAGACUUCACUGGGCUGAGGAAGACAGCAACAGUGAAGAUGAAGGCGCAGAGAAAACCCCCGAUCUGAGGCAACGGGACUUGGGAAAUCAGGGUCAGAAACUGGACGUUGGAAGCCCAGAAAUCACCAAUGGCCAACCACAAGAAGAAGACAUGGUAUUUCUGGAAAACACAGUUGCUGUCAAUAUCCUUGUGGAAAGAGCAAUGCAUCUCAGUUUGAAAG